CUGAACAAGAUGGCUGUACGUCGGGUGGAAAGCUGAGGCGAGGCUGCAAAAAAGAGCCCGAAACAGACCAGGAAACAAUCAGCGAGAGAAAUAAAGGAGAAGAUACUCCUUAGUGUUUAGUCAGACUACGGCCAUUUUACAUCAGUUUUGUUUUGUGUUAUGAAAAUAGGAGUUGUGGUAAUAUCACACGCCUUCAACAAAUCACAAGGAAUUUUACUCCCGAUUGAAGCGGGCAGCCGGGAGGAGACAGCUGGCAGUACUCAUAGCCACAAUAUAAGAGAUGUCACUGCUGUGUGUCGGAGUGAAGAAAGCCAAGCUCGAUGGACCUCAAGAAAAGUUCAACACCUACGUGACACUGAAGGUGCAGAAUGUUAAGAGCACCACCAUCGCUGUGCGUGGCAGCCAGCCCUGCUGGGAGCAGGACUUUAUGUUUGAGAUUAACAGGCUGGAUCUGGGCCUGACCGUGGAGGUGUGGAACAAAGGGCUGAUCUGGGACACCAUGGUAGGCACUGUGUGGAUCCCGCUUCGCAACAUUCGGCAGUCCAAUGAGGAAGGGCCGGGGCAGUGGCUGACCCUGGACUCCCAGGUAAUCAUGUCUGAAAAUGAAAUCUGUGGCACCAAAGAUCCCACCUUCCACCGCGUUCUGCUGGACACACGCUUUGAGCUCCCUCUGGAUAUCCCUGAAGAGGAGGCCCGCUACUGGGCCAAAAAACUGGAGCAGCUCAAUGCCAUGAGGGACCAGGAUUACACGUACCAGGAGGAGCAAGAGAGGCCCCUUCCUGUGCCAGCAUCACAGUGCUGUAACUGGAGUCUAUGGGGAGACCAGCAAAAUGAGGACCCGGACAGCGCGGUCGAUGACAGGGACAGCGACUACCGUAGUGAGACCAGUAACAGCAUCCCACCGCCGUACUACACCACCUCGCAGCCCAAUGCCUCCAUGCACCAGUACCCUAUGAGGCACCAGCACCACGGCUCCCGCAACGCCUACAACGACUCCAUGCACAGCUGUGAUCUGGACUACGACCACCAGAGGGCCAUGAGACGCUAUGAUAGUUUAGACUCCGCCACCAACGGCCGCAGCGAUCUCGAUUCGGCCUCAGGUUCGAGCCGGCUGACCAGCCGCCAGUACUCUCUAGACAGUAGGCACUCCCUCUCUGAUAGCCCCACAGGCAGCAGCCGCUAUGCCUCGUCCGGGGAGCUGAGCCGAGGCAGCUCCCAGCUGAGCGAGGAGUUUGGGCCGGAGGACGGGGAGAGCCUCCGAGGGUCCGAGCUGUACGACGAGAACGACUCCUACCACUCCUGCCACUCCUCCGUGAGCUACGGCAAGGAGUCACCCGACUGGGACCCUGACGAGCCGCAGGGCGUGUACAGCGACGAGGGCAGCUACAUUAAGGAUGGCGGGGAGGAGGGGGCCCUGUACGACGAGGGGGACGGAGAGCUGUACGAGCCGGAGGACGGGGAGUACAACUACGAGGAGGACGAGGAGAUGAUCUACGAGGAGGACGAGGACCUCUAUCCCCUCGACGGCACCCUGAGUGAAGACCAGGAACCUCCAUACACGCCCACCCCGACCAGCACCGCCCCUACCUUGGCUCCUCCCGACGCCCCUUCCACCCGCCCGCCCCUGGAGAAGCAGGCCUCUCUACACCAGCAGCAGCCACCCCAGGCCCAGCCCCUGUCCGAGCCGCCAACCUCUCAGGCACAGACCGCACCCCCCUCGCAGCCACAGGCUACAGCAGCCAAGCUCUCAUCCACAGCACAGCCCCCAGCCUCCAUAGCCCAGGCCUCCACUUCCGCAGCCCAGCCCCCUGCCCACACAGAGGAGCCCCCUCUGAAAGACGAAGCCCCCGUUCCCGAGAGCAGCCCUGUUGCCCCUCCAGAGCAGGCAGAGCCCCGGCCAAGCAGCUACCCAGGGGGUGAUGAGCCACAGGACUCCAUGUCCCGUGCUAAGGCCAACUGGCUGCGCCUGUUCAACAAGGUCCGUCUGCAGCUGCAGGAGGCCCGUGGGGAGACUUCUGGCUCCCAGUCGCUGUGGUUUCAAGGGGGGCCAGGUGGGGCGCUGUAUAGCAUAGACAGCAUGCCAGACCUCCGCAAGAGGAAAGCCAUCCCUCUAGUUAGAGAUUUGGCAAUGUCUCUGGUCCAGAACUCUCGCAAGGCUGGAAUCACCUCUGCCCUGGCUAGCAGCACGUUGAAUAAUGAGGAGCUGAAGAGCCAUGUGUACCGCAAGACCCUGCAGGCGCUCAUCUACCCCAUCUCCUGCACCACACCUCACAACUUCGAGGUGUGGACAGCAACCACGCCCACCUACUGCUACGAGUGCGAGGGUCUGCUCUGGGGCAUCGCGCGGCAGGGCAUGCGCUGCACCGAGUGCGGGGUCAAGUGUCACGAGAAGUGCCAGGACCUGCUCAACGCCGACUGUCUGCAGAGGGCAGCGGAGAAGAGCUCCAAGCACGGGGCCGAGGACCGCACUCAGAACAUCAUCAUGGUCCUGAAGGACCGCAUGAAGAUCCGGGAGCGGAACAAGCCGGAGAUCUUCGAGCUGAUCCAGGAGGUGUUCGGCGUGGUCAAGGCCACCCACGUCACGCAGAUGAAGCAGAUCAAGCAGAGUGUGCUGGACGGCACAUCCAAGUGGUCGGCCAAGAUCAGCAUCACAGUGUUGUGUGCCCAGGGUCUCCAGGCUAAGGACAAGACAGGCUCCAGCGAUCCCUACGUCACUGUACAGGUGGGAAAAACUAAGAAGAGGACCAAGACCAUCUACGGUAACCUCAACCCUGUGUGGGAGGAAAACUUCCAUUUCGAGUGCCACAACUCCUCGGAUCGCAUCAAGGUGCGGGUGUGGGAUGAGGACGAUGACAUCAAGUCCCGUGUGAAGCAGAAGUUCAAGAGGGAGUCAGAUGACUUCCUGGGGCAAACCAUCAUCGAGGUCCGCACGCUGAGCGGGGAGAUGGAUGUGUGGUACAACCUGGACAAGCGCACAGACAAGUCAGCAGUGUCAGGAGCCAUCCGGAUGCACAUCAGUGUAGAGAUCAAGGGAGAGGAGACUGUGGCCCCAUAUCAUGUCCAGUACACCUGUCUGCAUGAGAACCUGUUCCACUAUGUGACGGACAUCCAGAACAACGGCGUGGUGAAGAUUCCUGAUGCCAAGGGCGAUGACGCCUGGAAGGUGUACUUCGAGGAGACGCCACAGGAGAUUGUGGACGAGUUUGCCAUGCGCUAUGGCGUGGAGUCCAUCUACCAGGCCAUGACUCACUUUGCCUGUCUGUCUUCUAAAUACAUGUGCCCGGGCGUACCGGCUGUGAUGAGCACCCUGCUAGCCAACAUCAACGCCUACUACGCCCACACCACCCAGGCAACCAACAACGUGUCUGCCUCUGACCGCUUUGCUGCCUCCAACUUUGGGAAAGAACGGUUUGUGAAGCUCCUGGACCAGCUGCACAACUCUCUGAGGAUUGACCUCUCCAUGUACAGGAACAAUUUCCCAGCCAGCAGUCCUGAAAGGCUGCAGGACCUGAAGUCCACAGUGGACCUGCUCACCAGUAUCACUUUCUUCAGAAUGAAGGUCCAGGAGCUGCAGAGUCCUCCCAGGGCCAGUCAGGUGGUGAAGGACUGUGUCAAAGCCUGUCUCAACUCCACCUAUGAGUAUAUCUUCAACAACUGCCACGAGCUGUACAGCCGCGAGUACCAGACAGACCCUAACAAGAAAGGAGACGUACCUCCUGAGGAGCAGGGCCCCAGCAUCAAGAACCUGGACUUCUGGUCCAAGCUCAUCACCCUCAUUGUGUCCAUUAUAGAAGAGGACAAGAAUUCCUACACACCUUGCCUCAACCAGUUCCCUCAGGAGUUGAAUGUGGGGAAGAUCAGUGCAGAGGUGAUGUGGAACUUGUUUGCUCAGGACAUGAAAUAUGCCAUGGAAGAGCACGAGAAGAAUCGGCUGUGUAAGAGUGCGGACUACAUGAACCUGCACUUCAAGGUGAAGUGGCUGUACAAUGAGUACUGUAAGGACUUGCCUUUCUUCAAGAGCCGUGUGCCUGAGUACCCUGCGUGGUUUGAGCCAUUUGUGAUCCAGUGGCUGGAUGAAAAUGAGGAAGUCUCACGAGACUUUUUGCACGGAGCACUGGAGAGAGACAAAAAGGAUGGGUUCCAGCAGACCUCUGAGCAUGCUCUGUUCUCCUGCUCCGUGGUGGACGUCUUCUCCCAGCUCAACCAGAGCUUUGAGAUCAUCAAGAAGCUGGAGUGUCCUGACCCUCAGAUUGUGGGCCACUACAUGAAGAGAUUUGCAAAGACCAUCAGCAACGUGCUGCUUUCCUAUGCUGACAUCAUCGCCAAGGACUUUGCAAAUUACUGCUCCAAGGAGAAAGUGCCCUGCAUCCUGAUCAACAAUAUCCAGCAGCUGCGAGUCCAGCUGGAGAAGAUGUUUGAGGCCAUGGGAGGCAAAGAUCUGAAUGUGGAGGCCAGUGACAUCCUGAAGGAGCUGCAGGUGAAGCUCAACAAUGUCCUGGAUGAUCUGAGCAGGGUGUUUGCCACCAGCUUCCAGCCCCACAUAGAGGAGUGUGUGAAGCAGAUGGGGGACAUCCUGAGCCAAGUGAAGGGGACGGGCAACGUGCCGGCCAGCGCCUGCAGCAGCGUGGCCCAGGAUGCUGACAACGUGCUGCAGCCCAUCAUGGACUUCCUGGACAGCAACCUCACUCUGUUUGCUAAGAUCUGUGAGAAGACCGUGCUGAAGCGCGUGCUGAAGGAGCUUUGGAAGCUUGUCAUGAACACCAUGGAGAAAACCAUCGUCCUGCCGCCCCUGACCGACCAGACGAUGAUUGGCAGGGUGAAGCUUGCUUGUCACAGUGAUGGUACUCAGCUCAUCUUCAAUGCCGCCAAGGAGCUGGGACAGCUCUCAAAGCUCAAGGAGCACAUGGUGCGUGAGGAGGCCAAAGCCCUCUCUCCCAAACAGUGCGCCGUGGUGGAGCUUGCACUGGACACCAUUAAGCAAUAUUUCCAUGCAGGAGGGGUGGGGCUUAAGAAGACCUUCCUGGAGAAGAGCCCUGACCUGCAGUCGCUGCACUACGCCCUCUCCCUCUACACGCAGGCCACCGAUAAACUCAUCAAGACCUUUGUCCAGUCACAGAAUGCACAGGUUCACGGAGGGAAGGGGGUGAGGUACACCCAUAGCGAGGAUGUGUACCCAGAGAAGGGUUCAGGUGUGGAGGAUGCAGUAGGAGAGGUGUCUAUCCACGUGGAGAUCUUCACUCACCCCAACACCGGAGAGCACAAGGUCACGGUGAAGGUGGUGGCAGCGAAUGACCUGCGGUGGCAGACAUCAGGAAUAUUCCGGCCCUUCGUGGAGGUCUACAUCAUCGGCCCUCACCUGAGUGACAAGAAGAGGAAGUUUGCCACCAAGUCAAAGAACAAUAGCUGGGCCCCUAAAUACAACGAAACCUUCUCAUUCACCCUGAGCAACGAGGUGGGGCCUGAGUGCUAUGAGCUGCAGGUGUGUGUGAAGGACUACUGCUUUGCGCGGGAGGACCGCACGGUAGGCAUGGCUGUGCUGCAGCUGAAGGACGUGGUCGCCCGGGGCAGCGUGGCCUGCUGGCUGCCGCUGGGGAAGCGGAUCCACAUGGACGAGACGGGCCUGACCGUGCUGCGCAUCCUGUCCCAGCGCAACAACGACGACGUGGCCAAGGAGUUCGUCAAGCUCAAAUCCGACCAGCGCUCGGCUGAGGAGGGCAGGGGCAGCUAAGCUCCACCGCACAGCUCUCGGCCCCCCUCCCCCCCUCAGGGACGGAGCCCAGCUGCCCACUGCACACUGCCCUCUGCGUCGCCCAGUGUCCACCCACUCACACGCACUGGCCUACCGAAGCACAGACACACCCACACGCCUCAGAGUCACGCAGCCACAUCAAGCAAGGACACGCCGCCGUACCGUACACUGCCCGGCCUGUCACACACUGAUCUCCCUCCCUCUGUCUGAAACUACACAUACAAAGACACACAAACACACACUGCCCCGUCUUACUGGCUGUCUCUUUCGUUCAUAAACAUCUGUACGAUGGAGAGAGACCCUGUCCACCACUCCAGCAGUUAGGCAGUGUCCUCACUUUCAAACACAAACAAGCAGAUGAAGCAGAACAGGUAUAUUUAUACAUUCAUUCAGUGAGAUGGUCUCACUCACAAACCAACUACACUGACCCAUUGAAACAGUUAGACAAUAAUGAACAUCUGGAGUAAAAGUAGUAUUUACUAAAUUUUCUAUUUACAUGCAAUUUUAUUUUAUUCUUUUCCAGUAAGAAACUUUUUUGAAAACUAAUGAUCAAAAGCAAAAAAAAAAAAUAGGUGUGAAUCUAUACGAGAGGCAGAAUGACAGCAUAAAAUUCGGAGAAAGAAGUCCCCUCUCCUCCAACAAUUCCCUCUCUCGUGUCCUUCCCUGGUGUUUGGUGAUCUCUCUUCCCCUCCUGUCUCCCAGCUAUUUUGUUGCGUAACAGACCAAGAAGACUCAGCUGCUGCUUGUGUCGCAGAUGAAAAAGUGAAAACUGUUCCCAGACUCCUGUCAUGGCACUGCACUGCACUGACAGAGGAUGUUUCAUGCCCUGAACCUCUCAUUCCCUCCCCUCUCCUUCUCUCCCAAUCCGAUCAGUUGCACAGUUCUCACUCCCAGCAGGACUUCCUUGAGGGUCACACCCCGGAAAUCAAGUCCCCUCUUCACCCGGGACUGAGUAUAGGAGGAACGUAAUUACAAAGAUAAGGCCUAGACUUUUGAAUUUGACAGCCAUCCCUGUUUCCAAUCAAAACCCUCGGAAACCUUAACAGAAGGAGAAAAUACCAAUUCUUAUUACCAUACCACACUAUUUUAGUGGCACACAUGUAAAAAAGAAAUAAGACUUUGCACUUGAGUUAUUUUGUGUAUGUCAGGGGUUUGUGAGAGUGAACACUCCCCCUCCUUCUGUCUGUCAGUUUGUUCAGGAACUGACUGCCCCAAUAGUCUCACAUACCCAUGGUGCCCUUGUCUUUUGGUUUGUCUGCCCCUCUCAUCACAGCUUCCCCUGUUUAUACCAUAGUAUGCUUUGCGUGAUGAAAAUAAGCCUCCUAGCACUGUGAUUAAUUUGAUGUGCCCUUGUGGACUAGCAGACUGAACCGUAUACAGUCACUAUAUUAUACACAUAUGUAUAUUAUACAUAUAUGUAUAACAAACAGGAGCCAACCAGGAAGGAGGAUUAUACAUAAUACUGGUCUAUUUUGUUUUAUUUUUGAGAAUUGCCUAAGUGUCUUUAAGUUGGGGGAGAUUAUUUGUGAACUUGGUUUGCUUGUUUAAACAAACAUUUGGCUGCAAGCCCCGUUAGGCCACGCAUUGCAGAGACACUGCGGUAGCCCUGACGGAAAGCGGAAUCUCGAGAAGAUAGCCUCUGAAAGCGAGAAGGCCUCUCCUUCAAACACUGACCCAGUCCGGCAGCGUCGAAACAGUGCUGCCACAGGGACCUCAGCUGUACAGGAACAACUGCACUGCAGACCCCCUUGCUCUCUCUCCCCUCUCCUAAUCCUGCAAAAGCACAAAGACGGCCCUUCAGCCAGGCCCCCGCGAGGAGCCGUAUCCCCGGACAUCCUGGCUGUGACCUGAGGCCGCACCACAAGGACCACAACACAGAUGACUCACGUAAAGGGCUACAGUACUGUUCUAGCCCUUUCUCCAGAGAUCCGUCCCCCUGUCCUCCAGCACCGCCCAGCACCGUCACUGACAGAGACUACAGAAAGGUUGUGGCCAGUACUCACAUUCACUUCAGGUCCGCAGGUUAAACUGGCGUCACUUGCAUUUCACGUUCGCAUUACUUGUGGAAACAGUUACGAGCAGAAUUGUGGGCGAUGUGCAUAUGUAUACUACGAUUUAAAGCUCAGAAUUGUCUUGUGUAAUCGUUCAAAAUGCACACUUUGUAUCAGUGCUGCAAACUAAGCGUCAGUGCAGCGCCCCCCCACACCGGUGUAUUAUCAAGAUCAAGGAACCUGACUCCAGUCUACCCCCCUGAGUUGCGUCAUUCAGGAUAACGCUGGGAGGAUGCAAUACAUCAGGCUGCAGCUGGAGAUCUAAUUGUCAAGACAGAAAGUGCGUUUUGCUAUGAAUACAGGCUGCCAGCUGCACACUGGAACUGUUAAUGAGACUGGCUUAUAUUAAGACCUCAGAUCACCGAAGCUCCAUCUUCUGUUACAUUCCAUCUCAUGCUCCUUGGUCCACUGAAUACUCCAGGGUCUUGUUCCUGAAUAAAUCCACUGAACAGAAAUCAAACUGAGCAGGACAAACUGACA